UGGUUUGUUGUUGUCAGGUUCUGUUUCCGGUCUCGCCGCAGCUGUUUUCAUUGGCAAAAAUGACCAAAGUGCAGCUGUUGAGCGGUUACCUGACGGAGCGGCUGAGCGCGGUGGUGAAGGAGAUCCUGGAGGUGGUGGAGGACACGGUGACCGAGUACCGGGAGGAGGCCGCCCGGACCCGGCGGGAGAACGACAGUCUGCGGAGGCAGCUGCGGGACAUCCUGCUGCUGGAGACCGACACCGAGUGGCUGAGGUCGACCAGGUCUGGUCUGGGUUUGGCGGCUCCUCAGCAGCAGUGCACUGAUCCAGAGCUGAGGCUGCACUCUGAGGAGGCGGAGCUUACUCUGAAGCAGUCCCAGCUGCCGCCAGUCAACUCAGCCAAACAGAACCAUGAGCGAGCGGUGACUGUCCAGUUACUGUCAGACGAGAAUGGGACGUCCCCCAGGACCUUCCUCCUUCCCGGGGAGGAGGAGCCCGGUGAAGCCCGGGAGCCGGUACUGAAGCCCAACCCACAACAGGAGCUCAUCAACAAAGCGUCACCUCUGCCUCUUCAGUCGUCCCUGACUCCGCCCUCCUCCUCAGGCGCCACAAACCCCGCUGAGGUUCUGGUUCUCAAGGCGGAGCCAGGAGCAUCUGCCACGAUCAAAGCUGAACCCGACGAACACAAAGUAACGGAAGCUGAAGGUCACGCAGACUCUGUGACGUCACGCGCUCGCGGCACGCCAUACAAACCCAACGUGGCCGCAGUGCGGCCGCCCGCGCACACCGACCGCCGCGAAGCUCAUCGAAGCAGGAAGUCCUCUCAAGAGAAGCCGGCGGUGGCCGACGACGCAGAGUCUGGCCACGCCUCCGAGCUCGUCCACCGCUGCCCCCGCUGCGGCGAGGCGUUCGGUCAGGCCGGCGGGCUCCGCCUCCACCUGGAGCAGAAACGGAAGACCUACGCAUGCGACUGGUGCUGCAAGUCCUUCGCGCAGUCGGCAGACCUGCGGCGCCACCUGCGCACGCACACGGGCGAGCGGCCGCACUGCUGCACCUUCUGCUCCAAGAGCUUCAGCCAGCGAGGGAACCUGCGGCGGCACCUGAGGAUCCACACGGGCGAGCGGCCGUACAGCUGCCCGUUCUGCUGCCGCAGCUUCAGCGACGGCGACACCAUGAAGAAACACCAGCGCACGCAUUCAGGAGAGAAGCCGUACCGCUGCGCGCGCUGCGCCGGGUCCUUCAGCACCGCCGCCGGCCUGCAGGUCCACUUAAAGAAGGACAUGUGUUUCGUGGCCAGCGGCUGAGCCCACCACGUUCAAACUAAUCUUCAUGAUGAGAAACUCUGGGGCGGGGCCCGCGUACGAGUCGCGUUGGAUUUUUACAAACACAGGUCACAUGACAAACCCCAGUGUUUAUUUAUUCAUAUUUAAGUCUUUGGAGGCACCGACACUUUAACUUCAGAUCGACGUCAGUGACACAAAGCGACCACACGAGGCAGCAGAGGGCCAGUAUGU